AUGUCGCAGAAGCGUUGUCCCUUGGACCAAGGAACCAUUAUGGCUAAAGCUUUGCGGCUUUAUGGGAAGUUUCAGGAAGAAGAGCCGUCGAGCUUCUCUGAAAAGAAACUUGAGUUUUCCGCUAGCAAAGGUUGGUUCUACAGGUUCAUUCGGAAGCACUCGAUAAGGAAUGUGCAGAUUAAAGGCGAAAGCGCUUCAGCAGACUUGAAGGCAGCCAAAUCAUAUCCAGCCGAGUUUAAACAGUUAAUCGAAGAUGGUAAGUACCACCCCGAUCAGGUGUUUAAUGCGGAUGAGACUGGAGUGUUUUGGAAAAAAAUGCCGAGUAGGACCUAUGUGGCAAAGGCGGAAAAGUCGGCAUCUGGCUUCAAGGUUGCUAAAGACCGGAUUACAUUGCUUUUUUGUAGCAAUGCCUCAGGAGAUCGAAUGCUGAAACCACUGCUUUUGCAUAAAUCUUUACGUCCAAGAUCCAUGAAGUGUUUAAACUUCAAUGAUCUACCAGUACAUUGGAUGUCGAAUGCAAAAGCCUGGGUAACGCAGGAGAUUUUCAGGAGAUGGCUAGAAGAAUGCUUUGUGCCUGAAGGCAAACCUUAUCUUGCUAAAAAAGGACUGGAGUUUCGAGUGCUUCUCGUAAUUGACAACGCUCCUGGGCAUCUGCGCGUCGAGCACCCGAAUGUGCAAAUUGUAUUCCUUCCCCCGAAUACAACAUCUUUAAUCCAGCCGCUCGAUCAGGGCAUUAUCGCCACGUUCAAGAGGCAUUAUAUUAAAACUACCUUCCGCUACAUCUUGAAUGAAAUCGAUACAGAAUCCAUUGAAGUUGCAGUGAAACUGUUGAAGAGGUCAACGUUAAAUGCCUGCUGGAAGCCAUUGUGGCCUGACUGUGUACAUUCAUCGAUGCCAGCAAGUAACGAAGAGGGCGAAAUACUUCUUCUAGCCCAUGCUGUUGGCGGUGAAGGAUUCGAUGAUUUUUCCACCGCAGAUAUUGCGAAAAUGUUAAGGGAACCACUUUUCGAGGAUGAAGAUUUACUGGAUUAUGUGAAUAAUUCAGCAAAUAUUGAUCAUGACGAGGAAACGGAAUUCACCGAGAGCAAGAUUAAGGAAGCCAUCUCCUUCCGUAACGAUCUAAGGCACUGUUUACUACGAUACACCGAGCUGGUAAAAUACGAGAAGAAAACUACCGAAAAUGCACAGCUAAACGGCGAGGAACCACAACCUGUCGAUAGCCCGUUGAAACGCCGACGAUGUGGUGCUAUCUACGAUAGCGAUUAA